AUGAGCAAUGAUUAUAAUUAUAUGUUUAAGUACAUUGUAGUAGGAGAUACAAGUAAAGAUUUAAAUAAACCUAUUAAAGAUGUUGGAAAAUCGUGUUUAUUAUUGUAAUUUACAGAAAAUAAAUUUUGUGAUCAUACAGAGAGUACAGUAGGAGUGGAGUUUGGUUAUAAAACAAUAAAAAUAAAUGAUUAAUUGAUAAAGCUUUAGAUUUGGGAUACAGUAAUAAAUAAACUAUAAUUUAAUAGGCAGGUUAAGAUUCAUUCAAAUCCAUUACAAGAUCUUAUUAUAGAGGAGCUAUUGGAGGAUUACUUGUAUUUGAUUUUAGUAGAAGAUCAACAUUUGAAGAUAUUAAAAAAUGGUUAAAAGAAAUAAAAACAUAUUCUUGUGAUAAGAUUGAAUUAGUACUUGUUGGCAAUAAAUCAGAUAUACUUAAAAAAGAUAUUACUAUUGAAGAAGUAGAAGAAUAUGCAUAAUAAGAGAAAUUAGAAUUUUAUGAAACUUCAGCUAAAACUGGAAAGAAUGUAGAUGUUGUCUUUGAAAGUGUUGCAAAUAAAAUUUUAAGAAAAAUCGAAACUAAAUAAAUUAAUUUAGAUGAUUAAGUAUAAUUAUUCCAUAAAAAAUAGAUGUUAGGAAUUAAAGUUAAUUUUAAUGGAAAAAUGAAAAAAAAAAGUAAAUCUCAAAAUAAUUAAUCUCCAUAUUAUAAUAUAACAUUAAAUGGAUAAUAAAGUGAAUCAAAUAAGAAUGAUAAAAAAAGUUGUUGUUGA